GUCGGAACAGCAGCAUGGUGCAACGGACGGGCAGGGCAGCCAGCUGUCCGACGGCGGCGAGCGCUUGAGAUCGCUGGGCCGCCAGCUGCUAGCGGGCGCGUGCAGCUUGGCCAUCAUUGCGGCGCCACCGGCGCCUGCAGAAGAGGUCACCAUCCGCUUCAAGGCGUCUGCGGACCCCCAAAUCAGGGCCGCCCAGGAGCGGCUUCAGCAGCAGCUCCAGCAGCAGAAGCAGCAGCAGCAGCAGCAGCAGCAGCAGCAGCAGCAGCAGCAGCAGCAGCAGCAACAGCAGCAACAGCAGCAGCAGCGACAGCACAGAGGCAGCAUCAGAGAAGUGUCAGCCCAUGUGGCUGCCUACACCAGCGCCCUGCACGUGGACCCGACCCUCAACAACCAGGGCCCCGCCAAGUACCGAGCCCGCCUGCAGGACGCCCUCGCGGCCAGCUUCUCGGCAGCUUCCCCCGAGGACGUCGACGCGCAGCUGGCGCAGCUGCUGGCGUCGCUGGGCGACCCGUUCACGCGUGCGCUGCCGCCGCGGCAGGCGGCGGCGUUUGCCGCAGAGGAGGAGGGGAAGGUGCUCUCCGUGGGUCUCGGCCUCGCUCCCUCGAAGACCGGCGGCCUGUCGGUCUCUUUCGUGGUGGACGGCGGCGCGGCCGCGCGCGCGGGCGUGAGAGAGGGCGAUGAGCUCGUGGCCGUCAACGGGGCCCCAGUCAAGCGCGGCGCGACGCCGGGGGACGUUUAUCCGCUGCUACAGCAGCAGGCAGACCUCAAAUUUCGACGCAGCACCAGCAGCGGCAGCGGCGGCAGCAGCGGCAGCAGCAGCGGCGGCGCGGUGCCGGGCCUGGGGACGUUCUUCACCGCGCGGCUGGAGCCGGCGCCGAUCGAGUUCGUGCCGGUCCAGUUUGCCCUGCUGCCUGGCGGGGACCAGCGCGCAGGCGCCGGCAUCACCAGCGGCGGCGCAUCCUCUCGUGCCUCCGGCUCCUUUGGGGCGUCGAGCCGUGCGCGGUCCGCCGCAGACGGGCCGACGCGGCUCGGCGGCGUCGCGACGGCGGCGGCAGGGCCAACGGAGGCACGGGGCGGCGACGGCGGCGGCGGCGCCGGCGGCGGUGGUGCUGGGAUCAUACGCGGCAGCGACGGGGGCGGCAUCGGGUACGUCAAGAUUGUGGUGUUCUCAGCCACGGCGCCAGAGCAGCUGGACCGGGCUCUGAAGGAGCUAGCGGCGGCAGCCGCCGGAAGUGACAGCGGCAGCAACAGCAGCAGCAGCGGCAUCGACGGCGGCCUCGGCAGCAGCAGCGGCAGCGGCGGCAGGAGUAGCAGCGGCGGCAGCGGCGGCGGGGGCCUGAGGGGGCUGAUCCUCGACUUGCGUGACAACCCUGGGGGUGACGUUCAGGCCGGGGUCGAGGCGGCUCGCGACUUCCUGCAGCCAGGGUCCCUGCUGGCUGUGGUCGUCGACCGCGCUGGGGUGGAGGAGCCCGUGGUGCUCACAGAGACCCACCCCCUGCUGCCCGACCGCCUUCCGCUGGCCGUGCUGGUCAACGGCCGCACGGCCUCCACCGGAGAGCUGCUGGCCGGCGCGCUGAGAGACUCCUACCCCGGUUCCAAGCUCAUCGGCGAGCGCACGUUUGGCAAGGGGCUGAGCCAGAGGGUGGUGCAGCUCAAGGGCGACUGGACACUGCUGGUGUCAAGCUUAAAGCUUCUGACGCCCAAAGGCGAAGAGAUCCAAAAGUCCGGCAUCCGACCAGACGUCUCCUGCCGCCCGCCCGUGGUGGUCCGCGAGCGCUUCGAGCCCGGCGCCGCGGGCGGCAGCCGAGUGGACGCGCUGCGGCAGGAUCCCUGCGUGAAGCUCGCGCUGCAGCAGCUGAGCGCGGCCGGGGCUGCGGCCCCGGCGGGGCUUGGGAUUUGA